GUACACAAUCAUCCUCAACGCCGAGACCAUAAGCUAGUUGCUCUGGACAUCCCUAAGGCUUACUUGGCUUGCGACAUAACUCACCCUCUGACCAGAGACAAACUGGAGCUGUUCGCUGUGCUCUGCAUUGAAACCAGCCACUACGUGUCCUUCAUCAAAUACGGACCAAACAGCCAAGACUGGAUCUUCUUCGACAGCAUGGCAGACAGACAAGGAGAGCGAGACGGCUACAACAUCCCCGAGGUCCGCUCCUGCCCUGAGGUCGGCGACUACCUGGAAAUGUCGCCAGUGGAGUUGGCCAAUCAGGUGCCUCGAGACAUGAAAGGUGUGGCUAAACGUCUCUUUUGUGACGCCUACAUGUACCUAUAUCGGAGCACCAACAUGUGUCUGUAUCGCUGAGGGGAAAAGACCCCACAGCUUUACUCACUGCACACUAUGUCAUAAAAAAGUUGCCCUGCUGUUCAUGUAAUUUCCUUUGGCUGGAUUGGUUUGUUAUUCUUUUAUGAAUGUGUAGAAGUACACACACGAACUAAAAACGUGUGUAUACAUACAUAUAUGCCUGCCCUAUGUCGCUGGUAAAGUGUUAUCAGGGUUGAAUAACUUAUAACAGCAUCGGUUUCUAUAAUAUUGUAUGAAGAAAAAAAAGGACAACCUGACAUUGCUUGCUCAAUGAUUUUGCACUAUAAAAACAAGAAAAUGAUCAUCACUGACAUGUGUUGGCAAAAAUAAAUGACAGGUUGCACUGUAAUAAUAGGGUUUUGUAGAUUACUGUAUACUCUUGGUGUUUGAUAAUUAUAUUUACGAUUUUUAUAUUUAGAGUUUUGCAGACAAAGACAUCUAAAGAAAGACUAAUGAUUUCAGAGUGGCUUGUUGUAAUAAAUGCCCCAUAUACAGUAC